AUGGUACUUAGACGGAUAACAGUAAAGCUGUCGACUGAUCAAGCCUGGCUUAUGGAAGGUUUUUUCAAGCGUAUUCCACACGGGACUGGACUAGAUUUGAAUCCGAUUCAACGCUUACUGCCCACCAGUAUGGAAUUGAGCAUGAAUCAGAACGGUAAAUCGAUACCACCGGUCGAUUUGCCAAUCACCUUUGAUGUGACCGAUCGGACGACCGGAGUGUGUACGACCGGAGCGAGUAAUGUGAUACCGAAAAAAGUGUUUUCGUACACCGGUGUUACACAACAACCGAACAAAGAGACGGUACAAUCCGCUCUGUUUGAUGGCCUGUUCCCGUCGACAAUUGAAGAGACAAAAAAUUCCGAUGAUUUAUUCACCAAUUUGAAUUUUUCCGAGAACUUGAAUCAGCCCACGUCGAAUUCCAGCAAAUUCUGGCACAAUACGCCCAUAUCAUUCUACCGGGACACAUCAAACUGUGCAAACACAAACUUCCUAAACGGACCGGAUUGGCUCCCGGGUUCGCAUACGUUUAAUCCUGUCGACCUGUUGUCCAGUCAGCAAUCUGUUAAAGCCGUACCAUCCCACGGACUGCACAAUACGACCGUACCAGAUAGUCAGUCAAUUGGGAAAGGUGAAGACCUGGUCGACUUAUCAGAUGAUGCAUUCUUGUCCACCAGAAUGGUGAGUUUACUACUCGAAGAAGAUAACGCGUCAGACCCGAUAAAAGAACCACAAAAUGGAUCGGCAGUUCUAGGUGGAAACAAUGCGGACUCGGUUCACACUCUGACAAGCACUAGACCGGUCUCAGUCUUGGAGACAAUCGGCACCGAAUUGGGAGCACUAAAAGGCAAGUGUGCGGAGUGA